AUGUCGAAGGUCAUGAUGAGUUUGCUGGUGCAGUGGGCGCUGGAUGACGAUAAUUCCCACGACAGCCACGGUCUCAAGGCCCGUGAGUACGACUCGGCCAAAUCUGUGGCAGCCAACUCUGCCAACUCGGCGGCUGGAUCAUGGAUUAUUGAUCCUCUUCCCGCUCUUCAGCGACGUGGUUUAAUUGCUAUCGGGGCUUUGGCCCUUAUUUCGCUCAUUUCGACGUUUUCCUUGAUUUGCUUUUUCACCUACCGCUUUAUUUUCUGGAAGAAGUAUUACAAGCGCUACAUUGGAUACAAUCAAUAUGUGGUGUUGAUGUACAACUUGGCUAUUGCAGACUUUAUUCAGGGACUUGGGUUUAUUGUCAGUUUACGAUGGAUCGACAAGAACUCAAUCCAUGCAGAGGAUCCGGGAUGCUUCUUACAAGGCAUCUGGCUGCAAAUCGGCGACCCUAUGAGUGGAAUGUUCGUUUUGGCCAUCGCAUUGCAUACUUUCAUGCAUGUUAGCUUGGGUCGUCAAAUCAGUCACCGUAUCUUCGCAACAAUCGUUAUCAGUUUGUGGGUUUUCGGUGUUAUCCUGGUCAUCAUUCCCAUCGCAAUCUAUGGUCGACACGUCUGGAUGCCUUCCGUUGCAUGGUGUUGGAUGACAACUCAGCACCCAGUCCUCCGCCUCUUCACUCACUACAUCUGGAUCUUCGCAGCACAGUUCCUGAACCUCGUCUUAUACGCCAUCAUGUUCGUCCAACUCCGUCGAAGAAUGGCCCAAUCCAAGAUCCUGGGAGCAAGUUACACCGAAAGUCUCCGUCGCCUUAACCGAGUCGUCUCAUACAUGGUCCUCUACCCAAUCGUCUACAUCUCCCUCACCCUGCCCCUCGCCGCCGGUCGCAUGGCCUCCGUCAGCGGCAAUUCACCAAGCAUCACAUUCUUCUGUGUCGCCGGUGCCCUGAUGACGCUAUCCGGCGCCUGCGACGUCGCCCAAUACACACUCACCCGCAAGAGCAUCGUACUGGAGUCCGAGACUCGAUCGAAGGACGUCUCCCGCGACAAGACGAAGCAGGGAUACGGCAACAUCUACUCGCACCACGGUACCGAGGAUAAGGGCCCAUUUACGACCGUUUGUGCGGCGCAGGGUAGCUCGACUGACGCUAUCGUUAACCCGGAAGAGGUGGAGUUGGCUACUGUUGACCAUGUGUUCCAGCACACGACUAUUACCGUGACUCAUGAGCCUGCUUAUUAG